AUCGCAAGCGUGGGAGCCUCGGCCCGGGGCAGGUCCCUCCACCACCCGCACUCUCUUUCCUUCCUCGCCGGACGGACGCACUUCCGGCGGAUGUAGGGGGCGUCCCCGGAAACGGAAGUGAGAGUCGUGGCCUACUGACAGUAGCGGGUUGAAAGCUGUUCAAGGAACAGGGUGAAAAUGAAUUCUAGAGGACUUGGAUUGCAGCUAAAAGACAGCAUUCCAGUUACUGAACUUUCAGCAAGUGGGCCUUUUGAAAGUCAUGAUCUUCUUCGGAAAGGGUUGUCUUGUGUGAAAAAUGAACUUUUGCCCAGUCAUCCUCUUGAAUUAUCAGAAAAAAAUUUUCAGCUCAACCAAGAUAAAAUGAAUUUUUCUACACUGAGGAACAUCCAGGGUCUCUUUGCUCCACUGAAAUUACAAAUGGAAUUUAAGGCAGUGCAGCAGGUUCAACGUCUUCCAUUUCUCUCCAGCUCAAACCUCUCACUGGAUAUUUUGAGGGGCAGUGAUGAGACUAUUGGUUUUGAAGAUAUUCUUAAUGAUCCAUCACAAAGUGAAUUAAUGGGUGAACCACACUUGAUGGUGGAAUAUAAACUUGGUUUACUGUAAUGCAGCCUGUGUUCAACGAUAGAAGUGCAUCUUGUACGUGUCUUUGUUAUAGUUGAUGUGCACACUAUUAAAGUACUGACACAUGAGCAUCAGCA